CUACAUUUAUAGCAUGUAGAAUUGUGUUUAAAAAAACUUAUCAUUAUUUUGCCUAUAAUCUCUUUCAGAUGCACCUUUAGUAGAUGUUUUCCCUGCCAUGACCUCUGUCCAAGAAGGAAACAAUAUCACAUUGUCAUGCAAUGCAUCUGGGAAACCAGGACCUGUUAUAGCAUGGACAAAAGUUGGAUCAUCACAAGUUCUCUCUCACACUUCUUUGCUGUCAGUUGUCAAUGUAAGCAGACCUGAGACAGCAGACAACAUGAUCCAGUAUCAAUGUAAAGCCAGUAAUGGAGUGAAGACACCUGCUACAGCUACAGUCAAUGUUACUGUUCACUUCCCCCCUGAUAUUGACCAUGCCCUAUCAGCUUAUCAAGUUGUAGAAGGAAGUGGGUUGAUCCUGUUCUGUAAUGCCACUGGAAAUCCAAAGCCCAACAUUACUUGGACCAAACAAGGAAACAACAGUGAACUGUCAACAUCAGAGACUCUUACUUUGUCAAAGCUGACAAGAGAAGAUGAUGGAUCUGUUUUUGAAUGUACAGCACAAAACUACAUCACUUCAGUGAAAGUUAUGGCAGUUCUUACUGUUUGGUGUAAGUAUUGGGAGUUUUUCCCUGUCUUCAGCUUACAGUAA